GAGAGCGAGCCAGCGAGAGAUAAAGAGAGAGAGAGAGGGACAUCGGAGGCAAAUCCGUAAAACAUAGAGUCGUCGCCCAGUGAAGUCAAUUGAAUCCUAUAAUUUCAAGCUUGGGUCAUUCUGUCAUCUAAUUCUCAGUCUUUGUAAAGUCUGAGGCACGCAGCGUGAAGAAACCCCUGAGGUUGUUUUUGUGUUCUGUGUUUGAUAGAGAGAGAGAAAUUAGAUCCAGAUAUAGAGAGAGACGGAGACGGAGAGACAGCGAAAGAGAACCAGAGAGGAGGCCCAUCAGGAUUUCGUCAAGGUUGACCAGGUUCUAUGCAAAAAAGUAUUUUGAUUGUUUUCUUGCCAUUGUUCCUGUUUCUGUUCUUUGAUAUUGGUUCAUUGUUCCGUCUUGAUUCAGUGCGUUCGUGAAGGUUCGAUUGAAGGCUGGCAUCGGACGAAUAUAUCGAUCUUCAUCGUUAAUACUGGUGGAGCAAGAUUCUGAACAGAUAACAAUUGUUGCCCAAGGGCGGGUGAUUGAAGCAGAGGAUAUAUACGGUUCGUAUUUGAUUCUAGGAACAGUUUGCAGCCACAUUCUUCAGUUGUCUUGCAUUCAGCGAUGGAAUCAAGACCUAGAAAAGUCAAGGGAAGAAGUGAUGAAAUUAAGUCAAGAAGGUGGAAACAAGUAUCUCAGCCGAUAGUGGCAACAGAUAAUGAAGCUCUGGAGAUGACGAAUGAAGAUAUGAGCAUAUUGGAACAUCGAGAUAAACGGAUUAGAACCAAUCGACAAAUUCCUACUGUUAUUGUGAAUCAACCUCUCUCUCUUGAUGAACAUUCAAGUAACAAUAAUACAGUUGUACCUGAACAUGUGGUGAAUAGUAAUUCCUUGCAAUUUGCAGAGAGUGCUGACAUCAGAGGUGAAUGUUCUCAGUCUUUUGGUCAAGCAUUAUAUCAAAGAACUAAACAAGGAUCAGUUGUUACAUAUGAAGAUUCAGGGGACAAUGUUUACACAUGUAAGUAUUUUAAUGCAUGUUUUUGGGUUGAAGAAGCUAUCAAACAAAAAUCUACAAAAGCAUUGCCCAUUUAUACAAAUUGUUGUCAAAAAGGAGAAAUCAAGCUUCCUGUACCUAAACCAACUCCUAAUUUGCUUAAAACAUUAUUGAAUCCAAAUAAUGGUCCAGAUAGCAAGCUUUUUAAAGAGAAUAUUAGAGUGUAUAAUUCAAUGUUCUCUUUUACAUCAAUGGGAGCAACAAUUGAUCAUAAAAUAAACACUGGAUCAGGUCCAUAUGUAUUCAAAAUUAGUGGUCAAGUUCAUCAUUUGAUGGGUUCUAUUUUACCUUCUGAUGGUGAAUCCCCUAAAUACGCACAAUUAUAUAUAUAUGAUACAAACAAUGAGAUUUCAAAUCGUAUUAACGCAAUUGAUCCUCUUCAUGUUAAUCAAAAUAUUAAACCAGAAAUUGUUGAAGGACUUACUAAGAUAUGGGUAUAA